AUGUCUGCUGCCUCCACUGUCUACAGUAUGGACAAAACAGUUCUGUCCACGGAGACUUCUCAACUGAGACUCUGGUCUAUAUCGCGCAGUGACACCAUGUCGGUUCCGACUUCAGUUCCAAAAAUAGAUUUUUCGCCUGCAACGGCAGAAGACUAUGAAGAACUGAUGUCUAUCUCUAGUGGGUUAUUCCACGGAAUGGACUAUGUGCCUCUGAAGUACCAUACAUGGCUGAAGGAACCCCAGAGAAGAAUGUUCGUGGCCAGGUGUGAAGGGAAAGUGGUGGGCUUUGAGUCAUUCAUAGUGGUUGAUGAUGGAACUGCUGCUGUGGUGGAAGGUCUUCGUGUAGCCGCCGAGAUGAGAAGGCGUGGAGUGGGUGGAGUGAUUGAGAAGUUUUGCUGGGAUGUUAUACGUUCUGACCACCCGGAGGUUAAAAGAGUUAGAUUCUCUCUAUCUGAGAAUCCACCAGCUAUUAUAGUGAAAUCAAGCAAAAUGAUCACCUGUAAGGCAGUGAUGCCUGUGCUUGUUUCUUCUGACCAGUUGGAAGCAAAACUCAGGUUACUAGAGUCUCGAGUGAGUAAUGAAGACAGAUCCAAAAAGCUAUCUGUUCUGGGACAAGAGGAAAUCCUCAGAUUCUUUGAGGAGUCCAAGAUGAGAGAGCAAUUGUUUCCUGGUGGAUUGCUAGUUCAAGGUUGGUUUCCUAUUGCGGCUCAGAAGUCCAACCUAGAUCUUCUACUGAAACAAGAGAUUGUCUGGAUUUAUUCACAUUCUGGGAAUUCUAGUGACUCUGCAUCUUCUUCCAAGGUCACACCUGGCAGUGAUGGCCCCCAUGCCUCUCCAGAAGGGUUUCUUAGCCUUGGUUCUCAACCAUUUCCAGUGCCUAUUGCAGACAAAGUAUACUAUAUAGAUAUCGACCUAAAUGAUCCAUCUUGUGCUAAGGUCCAUGUUUUAGAGCAGUUGAAAAUCGGAAUAAAAGGAUUGCCGGCAGGGAGUGGUAUACUAUUUGUCCUGUAUGCAAAGGAGAGUCUCCGGACUGAGCUUUUCCAACUCUGUGAAGGGUUGAAUAUACUCAAUUCUAUUAAUGAGCAGAUUAUUUUUGAAAAAGAGACCAGGUUUGAUUAAAUUCCACUUCCCAGUCUCAGCAAGCUCUUAUUUUGCAUUUAAGAAUCUGUCCAAAGACCCCAUUUCUAUGGCCUCUUUCACACGAGCGGGUUUUCCGUGCGGAUGCGAUGCUUGACGUAAACGCAUAGCACCCGCACUGAAUCCUGUCCCAUUCAUUUCAAUAGGUCUGUGUACAUUAGCCUUUUUUU